AUGGGUUCAAAAAUUAAAAUUAUGGCUUCUUCUAGACUGUGUUUCUUUCUUUCUCUAUAUUUUAUUUACUAUUUUGAUCUCACCAUUGCUGAUGAGCUAGAAUCUUUGCACCAUGACUGUUAUGUCAACAAUGGUAAUUAUACCACCAAUAGUACUUACCAUGUAAACCUCAAUCACCUUCUAAAUUCCCUCUCCAAUACUACCCCCAUAGCCAAUGGAUUUUACCAUUCCUCUUAUGGGGAAAAUCCCGACAAAGUUUAUGGAAGUGCAAUCUGCAGACCAGACAUGGAUCCGGAUAGUUGUCGCGACUCGGAACCUGACAUCUCUCUAAAAUGUGGACACGGCAGUGAGGCUGCAGCUGGGGGUUCUAACAAGUAUGCUGCUGGAAAAGAAGCUGUUUCAGAUACUGUAACAUUAUAUGGACUUGUUCAGUGUACUCCUGACUUAACCGAAAGUAAAUGCAAUGAGUGCCUCAUUGAUACUAUCAAAUUCAUGCAAAAUUGUUGUGAUACAAGGCAAGGGGGAAGAGUAAUUACCCCAAGCUGUAGUUUUAGAUACGAGACAAACGAAUUCUACAAGUCUUCAAUUGCAGGACCUCCAGUCUCCUCUCCUACACCGUCAACCAGUCCCACAACUCAGAAAGGUCUAUAG